AUGGAUUUAAUCAGAAGUACGAAACUGGAAUACUAUGAUGAAAUGUGGAAACUCCAAUCCAAAGCCAAUAUCAUUUCCUUGUCCAAGGGAGAAGACGGUAGCAGGCUUGCUUUGAUAUUGGAUUCUACUAUCUUUCAUCCUCAAGGUGGAGGCCAGCCUGCAGACACUGGAUUCAUCGCCACUCCAAAUAAUGAUUCCAAGUUUCAAAUUCAUCGUCCAAGACAGGAGGAUUCUGGUAGUGAUUUCAUCGGUAAAGAAGUUCUUCUUUUACAUGUUGAUGAGUCUAGGCGCACGCUGAAUUCCAGGUUGCAUUCGGCUUGGCAUUUAUUGGAUGGAUGUAUGCAGACUGUGGGGUUAGGACAUCUUGAGCCAGGGAAAGGCUAUCAUUUUCCUGAUGGGCCAUGUGUUAAAUAUAAAGGCACUGUUCCUCAAAAUGAAUUGCAUAGCACAAAAGAAAUAGAGGCAGAAGCUAAUGCAUUAAUAUCUAGAGGAGGCGAAGUUUCUACUGCUGUAUUACCAUAUGAAGAAGCUUCAUAUAUAUGUUGCGGUUGCCUUACUGAUUAUAUUUCUAAGGAUAGCGCCCCUCGUAUUGUGAAGUUAGGGAACCUUCCAGUGUGUGGAGGUACCCAUGUUUCUGACAUUUUGGAGAUUAUAAGUAUGAAGGUUUCUCAAAUUCGGACAAAGAAGAGGAAUUUAAAAGUCUUUUAUACUGUUGGAUCGUAAUGCAUGGACGAGUCCAAGAUCGUAAACAACUCUGUGAAGAUAUGGCAUCGGCAGUGAUUAAAGAUUAGAAAAUGUAACUUUUCUAUUAUAUUGAUAUUAGUUAGCUGGUAUUGUAUUAGUGGUUCAUAGCUGUUCAUAUUAAAGAAGUUUCGCUUUGAUAACUUUUAGUAAUUAGUGACAGCAUUACAGUAUACUUGAUAAACUUUUCCUUGGAUCAUUUAUAUAUUAUGACGUGGAAGGUAUGCUUUUUAACA